AUUGUGGAAAAUUGAGAACCGGUGAAUAAUGGAGAGGGAGGAGGGGAAGGACACUUGGAUAUUCAACUACGACAUGAUUACGACAGGAGAGAAAUGUGUUUCGUGAAUUUAUGCCAUCCAUCAUUUCUGCUUGUCUCAGUGACAGUGCAGCUGCGACCAGACAAAAUAGGGGAUGUCGCACGAGCCUGUGUGUCUGUGUUUGUUCAACACACAACAUCAACUUCUUCUAAUUAGGGCAAUUUUCGCCAUCUGUUUUAACUGGAAAUUUGCACCAGUGGUUGUAAAAAAGUAAUUUUCUUCAAUUGCGGUUGGAAAAUCGUAUUGACUGAUUGAUUGUGGACAUUAGAGCAGGAAAGUUCGCAUUGCUCACAAAUGAACAAUUGAACAGAGAAAUGACACGACUCCCUGCGCGUGUUACAUUAACCAAAUGGGUGUAAAUUUGAAAAUUAAUACGAAAAGGGCAAGGACCCUCCCAGCCAACAGCAAUGUCAAACUCACGCCUGAACACUAGCACUUGGAUACUGUAAAUUGUAAGUUUAGUUGAAUCAUCGAUUAUUCUGUGAUUGCGACUUGCUAUCUGUAGCCAAGGUCACAUCAGGCGCACUGUGGUCCAAGGUACAAGCAGACGACAUUCUUACCUGAGCAGACGAUAGCUCAGAUAGCAGACGAGAACACUAUUGAUACCCUAGAAAAGAUUAUGAAAUCAGUGUCAACCUAGGAAGCAUGCAUAUGCCAACUGAGAUCCAGCGCUGGGAAGCUGAGCGGAAUGACUAAAAUAUAUUCCCAAAAUUGUAGUGUCGUCUGCCAAACGUGCUUCCCUGGCUCACGUCCGGAAGGCAGUAUGGAAACAACAUCAUUAUGGACAUUGCGUAGACAACUUGGUUUGACAUGUAUACGUGUACUUAUCAUAUGGAGUGUCCUGUGGUCCUGCAGUGCCCCCCUAGUGCUGGCGGACCAGUCCGUAGCAACUGACUCUGACGGGGGGAUGUCCCCGUACAGUUUCAAAGUCCCCAAGGAAUUUAACAACAUACAAAUGGCAUUCAGCAAGGAAAAUAGAGCAGAAACUCUAGCCAAGCAAAGUGAGGUACUGCAGAUGCAAGCUAAAGUGCUGACUGAGUUAUUUAAUAUCAAAAACAUUUCUCAGCUCGUUGAGAACCUAAUUGCCCGCGUGGUUCAAUUGGAAGAACUCCCCGAAAAGUAUAUCCGGCAGCAGAAGGACUUAGAGGCCUUACGGGAAAAACACGACGUAUUGCUGGAACGUGUGGCCGAUUUAGAAAGUAACCAGACACAAAUCUAUCAGACACUGGAAACUCUCGAGGGUGAGGACGAACAAAUACGAGGAAAAGUUCAGGAAGUCGACAGGAACGUUCGGAAAAAAGUCGCAGACGAGAACGCAGCAAUUACUGAAAUAAUUCAACAAAAUCAACGAAAUCAUCUCCAGCUUGCGUCCCGGGUCACCAAUCUACGAGGCGACCUACAAACCACACAAGACAAACUGUACGAGGUAAGCUCAAAACGCGACGCGUUGGAGAAAUCAGUGGAGGAGGGUGUAAAGGGGGAACUCCAAAAUCUGGAGGUGCGAGUUGACAGGUUAGAAAAGGAUGUAAUGGAAUUGCAGAAAGAAGAUGCCGAGAUUGAAUCUAAAGUAACCGAUCUCGCAACAUCACGCGACGAGGCGAGAGAGGAUAUUGAUGCCUUAAAAAAGAACGCCGAGGACAUGGACGGCGAGGUGACCUCAAUCAAGGCCAAUCAAAGUAAAGAACGUGCUAAAGUAGAGAGCGCAGACAAGGCAAUAAACGAACAAUUAAAUGAUCUGAAAAGAAAAUCAGAUGAUGUAUGCACCGAAAUUGAAGCACUAAAAACAGAAAAUGAACGCCAAAACGCGAGGGUAGAUACUCUUGGCAAAGACCUCGGGGAUAAAUACGAUAAAACGAGCACUGAAAUCGAAUCGCUUAAAACGCACCAAGAUAAACAAAACAUCAGAGUCGAAAAUCUUGGACAGGAUCUUAACUCACUUAUCAAUAAGAAGGUCCUACAACUAAAUACAACAGCAAUGGUGCUUGGGACUAAGACUCAGACACUAGAAGAACAAGUUUCCAAUCUGUACUCAAAAUGGAUUUUCCUUAACAACACUACAACAGCCUUAAGAACCUCAGUCCCAUCCCUCAUCCAACACACUAUUCACAGUGUUCUAAAUAGCACCAACACCAAAAUGGCUGCGUUGAGAAGAACGGUUCAUAGCAACGCCAAUCACCUCUUUGACCUACACCAUGAUUUCCAGACUCGGUGGAAUGAGACCAUAGAUAACAUAGUCGACGCUAUCGAUACACUGAAAAACCGAACCGACAAUAUAUCUUCUGCCUCUUUACCCACAUCUUGCAUGUGCACCGACGAAAUGCUGUAUAGUUUUGUGACCAAUUAUCGAUUCAACGGCACGGGUCUCAAGCUCGUGAUAGACCACACGGGCCAUAGUUCUACCACCACGGCCUCCACCACCGAAACCAGCACGAAGGAAUUAGUUUCCAGUGUCACACCUUCAACGUCAUUAUUAACGACUAGUGAAACUACAACGACUGCCUCAGCUGUAUCUAGUGCUUCAACCACGGUUAGUUCUACUACUGCUACUAAGAGUACGACUACGCCUGCUACGACCACAUCUACUACUACCACUACUACGACCACGCCUACUACUACUACUACUACGACCACGCCUACUACUACUACUACUACUACGACCACGCCUACUACUACUACUACGACUACACCUACUACUACUACUACUACUACUGCCACAACCCCACCUACAACAUCUGUCGUGUCAACCUCCUCAACCGUUACCACGCCUACCAUUGAACCCACUACAAAUACUGAGACUACUCAAGAGACUACUAUCACGUCAGUCAUUUCUAUAUCUAGUACCGACUCAACCCCGACUCCUAAUACCACCGAGACCACGCCCUUAUCUACGCCCACAUCUACUACCACCUCGCCAGAGUCUUCCACAAAAACGCCGACGACAACGUGGUUCGACUUUUCCGGAAGUGGUUCUGGAAUAGGUGACAAUGAUAAUGAAGAUGAUGGUGGUGACGUCACAACUACUGAACCCGAUAUCGGUGACGUCACAACAAUAUUCCGGAACUACAGCCAGAGCAGCAGUACUGCUGCUGUUGAUACUAAUAACGAAUUUGAGUUUGAUAAUACUACAGACGAAGUUGACGUCACACAGGAAUCGAGUACAGAACGCGCCAGUGUCUCUAGCACAGGGGAUGUUAUUUUGACUGAACCGUCUCCUUCUAGCACAGAAAUGCACGAGACUGUUAAUAUUACCUCUACCGCAAUUACUAGUGGAUCUCCUGUCUCCGUCUCUGUUGAGACAUCAUCGACUGAAGGAGAGAUUUCGGCAACAACAGAGGCGAUGCCUGUACCGCGGCUGGGUUGCGUCGACUCUGAUCCAGUAUUUGAUAACGAGAUGACCCAGAAGAUCUUCCAGCGUUGGCUCACAGGAGCGUGGAUGAAAGACCCUGGGGUGCCCGACGACAGAGUAUGGGUCAUCAAAAACAGUCGAGCUGAUUCCAUUAUCGAAUACAACUCAACAGAAAGACUAAACGGGGAUACGCCAAAUGGACAUUCCAUAUUUAACGGGUUCCAGUGCACGGGGACGGGUCACGUGGUGUAUAAAGGGAGCCUCUACUGCCAUAAGUUUAAUUCCACUGUGUUGGUGAAGUCCGACCUGAAGGGUCGAAUACUGACCGAGGCGGCAUUGCCUGGGAUGGGAAUAGAUAACUCGUUUUCGUAUUCGGUGGGCGGAAAUACCGCCGUGGAUUUUGCCGUGGACGAGGUCGGGAUUUGGGUGUUGUAUUCGACGGAAAAAGAAGAAGGAAAACUGAUCGUUAGUCAAAUUGAUGAAAACUCAUUAGAGGUGAUGGAAACGUGGGUGACCGAUAUAAUCAAGAACGAAACAAUCAAUGCCUUUAUGAUAAACGGUACUUUAUUUGCCCUGAACUCGAACACCGCAGGGCUAUCACAUAUCCAAUACAUAUAUGACACACGUACCGAUAGAGGUCGCUAUCUAUCACCCACGACGAUUCCUCUGCUCCAUAACCUCAACUCCCCCCCUCCGUACUUUGACGUCAUGGUGGAUUACAACCCCAGGGACGAACGUCUAUAUGUAUGGCGUAUGCAGAACUGGGACGGACAUUUAAUUACAUUCCAAUUAAUGUGUAAAUAGAAGCUAGUAUUUUUUAUUUUAAUUUUCCUUCGAGGUUUCCUGACAGUUUGUGAUGCGCUUGAAAUAGAACUGACAGAACAAGUGUAGCGUGGUCGUUACGUCUUUAACUAUAUUUGUACGAUAUCAGGUAUAGUUUGGCCUUGCGUCUCUACAGCCCCACUCUACUAGUACUGAUAAGCGAAUCAAAAAUAAAUGUUUGCGACAUUGUUAUAUACAUAGGUUUUUACAAUCGCAAUUAUUACCUCCACCAA